AUCGACAUCCAGUUUCGCGCAAUCCUGAGACCGAUAAAAAAAUGGGUAAAUCGAGUCUUUGCUUGCUGACUCUUCUGGUCGUACUGGCGGCCGCCAUCGCCCAAGAGAAGUACUCAGACAAAUUCGAUGCUAUGAUCGCAUCGGAUGUCGAUAGAGUUCUGGGGAACGAUGAAGAACGAGAUAAAUAUUACAAAUGCUUAAUGGAUACCGGACCAUGCGACAGGGAAGAGGAACUGUUUCUCAAAGAACACUCCGUCGAAGCGUUCGUGACAAGAUGCCGAAAGUGUACGGACAUACAGAAGGAAUUUGCGGAAAAGGUAACCAUCUGGUACACUCAGAACCGUCCCCAGGAAUGGAGCGCCAUGGUAGAGAAAUUUAUAGCGGAUGCGAAGAAGAUGAACAUUACUCCCGACUCAUGAUCACCUGAUGUUGCUACAUGAGUCCUCAAUGUCUCCCGCUACGUACUUUAACUAUGGAAAAAAAAACUAAUCGGACGUCAAUUUUGCAUAGUCUCCGAAGGUGUGGUGUAGCCGCAAUAAUACGAGCACAUAGAGGCAAAAUUUUAGUAUGCAUUAUUACUAAUAAUAAAACAUCGAUUACUGAUUACGAUAUCACAAUGAAGCAAGCUACCUUGAAAUAAUCACUUCUGCAGAUACAAUGUCGUUUUCAUGUAAAUUCGAAUAAACUACUGAACGUAAAUGCUA